AUGGACGUCAUGGGACAGCUCCUCUGCUCGGAGAUUCGCAAGGGUCCGCCCGGUACGCCCAUGGCUCAACGAACGGUUUUCGGUUGGACGUUGUUUGGAAAUGUCGAUGGGUCCGAAUCCGCUUCGCUCGGUUUACAGUCUUUGCAUUGUGAAGUUCAUUUUGAUCGAGCGCUCACUAGACUUUGGGAGUUAGAAGAAGCACCGAAAAAGGCCCACCUCACUUACGAAGAACGCUAUUGUGAAGAGUUUUUCGAAAAAACGCACAGAAGGUCACCUGACGGUCGAUUUAUAGUAGAGCUGCCGCUGAAAUCUGACGUACCCUUGGGAGCAUCACGAAGUUAUGCUGUUCGAAGUCUACUAAGUAUCGAAAAAAGACUUGCGCGAGAUGACGACCUACGCCAACGCUACAAUGAGUUCAUGCAAGAACUCAUCGACAUGAAACACAUGGAACUUGCACCACCGCCAACGGAUCAAACGUUCUAUAUGCCGCAUCACCCCGUUAUAAAAGAGUCAAGUGUCACGACUAAAUUGAGAGUCGUGUUCAAUGCGUCCGCCAAAACCACCACCGGGAAUUCGUUGAACGAUGCAUUAUUUGUUGGUCCCCAAUUGCAACCUGAUUUAUAUUCUAUUUUAACACGUUUCAGAACGCAUCGCUACGCAGUAACAGCGGACAUCGCGAAAAUGUACCGCCAAAUAUGCAUGUCCACGAAAAACCUCGAUCUACAACGCAUUGUCUGGCGUCGUGACCCGACGUUACCCAUAAAGGAUUAUCGCAUGUUGCGCGUUACUUAUGGCGUUGCCGCUGCGUCCUACUUAGCCGUUAAAUCGCUGCAACAAACAGCAAAAUAUUCGUCACACAUUUGGAGAAGGCUGCUGCCGUCAUCCAUAAGGACUUUUACAUGGAUGAUCUCCUCACUGGAAGGGGGUUUUGAACUUCGAAAAUGGGCGUCUAAUUUUGCGGAGCUUUUUGAAAAUGUUUCGAAUGCAUCAGAAAAUAUAUCACACUACCUAGUCGAUAGUAAAGAUGUCCAUGCCUUGGGCCUUAUAUGGAAUACAGAGGAGGACUACUUCACGUUCUCAGUUAAUCUGAAUCAACCACCCACUAUUUUAACGAAGAGAAAUUUCUUGUCUGAUGCUAGCACGCUUUUCGACCCACUGGGUCUGCUCGCUCCAGCGACCAUAAGAUCAAAGAUGUGGUUUCAGGAGAUCUGGCGUAUGAGUGUCGGUUGGGAUGACGUUAUUCCAGACUGCAUCGCAGCACAGUGGCGACAACAUCGCUCGGAACUGCUACUGCUAUCAAGUUUAAAGAUAAGUCGCUGGUUUGGCACAGGAGCAGGUGAGUCGUUCACUGAGCUACAUAUUUUCGCUGACGCUUCCGAGCGCGCUUACGCUGCCGUAAUGUACGCGCGCACAUUACACAACGACGGCAGUAUUACUGUCGUGCAGAUAUCGUCGAAGACUAAGGUAGCACCGCUUAAAACAACAACCCUGCCGCGCUUAGAAUUGUGCGCUGCACAUCUUGCUGCUAAAUUGGCGCGAAGCGUGUUACAUAGCUGGGGUGAUCUCCGCUAUCCGAUCUAUGCUUGGAAUGACUCAACUAUCACAUUGGCAUGGCUUCAGGCGCAUCCUAAGUUCAACACGCUGCUGACAGAAGUAGAAGCCUGCGUCAACUCCCGCCCACUCUGUGACAAUUCUGCAGCCGCUGGUGAUGUAGAGGUACUUACGCCUGGUCACUUCAUUGUCGGUGAACCGCUUAAAUCUAUCCCGGAGCCUGAGGGUCAAGGGUUCCGUGGAAAUCUGCGUCAGCGGUGGCAAGCGAUCUCUGCCAUGAGACAGCAUUUCUGGCGCCGUUGGAGAGACGAAUAUCUCGUCAGCUUGCAACGUCGUACCAAGUGGAUUCGCCCUUCACGCAAGGUGAUGUAG